GAGUUAGAAUGAUGUUCACAAUGUUGACUUAACUUGUUGUCUUUAAGUUUAAUAUUGGUUCGGAAAAAUUAAACCCGUAAAAAUUACGCGAUGAUUUCUUGUUACAUUUCUGUCGCAUAAAUUUCAGCAUAGUAAUUUUUUAUUUUUGUAAACUAUGGAUUUAAUUGUCCGCUGUGCCGUACCAGUGGGAAGGCUUACAUACAUACAUAAGGUUAUAAAGAAAAGAAAAAUUGCAAGUAACUCGAUAUCGUGACUGCCGUUGUAACUGUAAAUUGCUUUCUGACAUGUGGUGAAUAGAAAAUGUGAAUGAGACACUUAUUUCCAAUUUGUGCCAAAUGACUUUUGGCUUGUGUAUAAUUUCGUUUUUCUGUAAUUUAAGGACACUCAACGGAACAGGGCAGUAAUAACAUUAAUUAAAAAGAGUUUUGGAAACCACGCUGUUUGUUUUUACUUUUUACAGUGACGAGACGACUCAAACCAGGCUUUCUUACAAUAUGUGGGUCAAUCUGUGCCGUAUUUUUAAUCAAGUAUAAUUUCAACCCUGAAAUGGUACAGUACAAGAAAUCUAUAAACAAGCUAAAGUCCCAAAAUUCCAAAUUCUUUGCAAACUCGACCUCUGAUAAACAACAAUGGAAUAGUCAAACCAGAUCAAACAAUCAAAUUCAUUUAGUAUUCCAAGUCGCCUCAUUGUCUGGUGGAGUUUUACUUGUAAUAUGUCAUCAAAUUUUGCACCACGGCAAACAUGAUUUAGAAUUUGGUACGAAUUCAUUUCUGCGACAUGACGAGCAGCUCAGACGGGGUAAGAAUUUCGAAGUAUUAAAAUUUUAAAUAAGUCCAAGGUUGGUUCAUCUUAUUAAAUAUAUGAUAUUUUUUCUCAAACGUCCAUGUAGAACUGACUGCAACGCACGUCAUCAACAAAGACAGCUUCACCAACUUGGAAACAAGCAUUAAAAUCUGGCUGUGGACUGGAAUCAUUGCUCCCUUCAUCAUUGUAGGUGCCGUGACCUGGGUGGGUGGCGAUCCUCCAAAUUACGUCGUGCAUUUUGUCUUUUCAGCCAUCCCUCAAACAAUGAACAUCUUGCUAACUCUAGUCAAUGAGAAUACAAUACUGCUUAAAUUUCUUGUUUUUUGGGCCCGUUACUUUUUGGGAGUGUUCGUCAUCAUGGAAUGUCUCCGUACUGGCAUGCUUAUGGUGCUUUUUGGUGUCAUUGGAGGUGGGGAAUCUGCCGUGUCCAUGAAACUAGUCAAGCUAGUCUCGGAUCGUCUUAUCCAACGAGGUAGACAAUUAGUGGGUGAACACUUACGACAUUACAGACGUCUACAAAUUGUGAAUUAUAUACUGUUUGAUUUUAUUAGUACGUUGGCUUUUUUGGGGAUAUUUUUCUGUGCUUUGGGUUAUACGGCGACAUUAAAUGCUGUAGUUCAUUUGCAUGCUCAUUUACCACCAAGUGUUACCAUUUUUAUGUCGUAUUUAACUCUGAUGUUGUUUAGCGUGCUAGUCUGUGGGUUAUAUUUUACGGCAGGCUACAAUCAAAAUUCUAAGGAUGUUUUGAGAACGUUUACAUUUUAUGUUGCACAACUUGGAAGGAAUUCGAUAAGAAGAAAAUUCAUGCUGAAGCAGAUUGCAUCAUUGAGGCAGGAAUCAAUGCAUGUUGGUUUGAAUGGAUAUAACAUAUUUACCAUAUCAAAGUUUGCAGUAAUUAUUAUUUUAAGAAUUGUGAUAGAACAAUCAGUCAAUAUUGUAAUGUUACUUCGUUAACUAAUAUUCAUCUGUAUCAAUUAUUUAGAUAUCAAAACAAAUAAAGUAUUUUUUAAAUGCUAUUUUUUGCAUUUUGUGCUUGGAUAUAUUUGCAUAACACAAUUUGCGCAUUAUGAAAAUUCACACAUUACAUCAGAGUAACCACACAAUCGCUUAUCAUGUGAUUACAUUCAGGAUCAGGAUCCGUGUUAGUGCUUCUUAUUAUUACGUGUGGUAUUUUUAGCGAUGCAGAAUACUUGCAUUCGUACAAACACAGGAAAUAUUGCAACGUUUGGUUUGUAAUAAAAAAUAACUCAAAAUUAAUAUGGAUCAGUGUUCUAAAUGUGAAAGAGAAAUUGAAGAAAUUGGUGGUCAUUUUUUUCGAACGUGUAAACAUUUGAUUUGUUUGAGCUGUAUAACGGAACUGGCUACGUUGACUGAGAAAAGGACAAUUCGGUGCGUUCUGAACAAAUCUAACGACAAGUUGGUGUGUGGAGGGUUUCUUAAUUUAGAAGAUUUGCAAUGGAUAAUUCCAGAACAGGUGUUUGAAGCAUUUAGAAACAGAGUUGAACAAAAUGCAAACGCAGCCAAUUCACCAAAUGAAACUGAGAUGGGUAGACCAGGUCCAUACUUGAAAUCCUCGACUGAAUUACUGGAACAAAAAGAUACGGACGGAGACUCAGCAGCCCUCGCAAUGAGCGAGGUUGCACCUGAAGAUACGCAAAGUGGUUGGAGCCAGAUAUCUCAGACUAUUAUUGACCUGCAAGCAUCCGGUCUCUCAUUUGAAGAAGCAAACUCGCACAUGGACCUAAUUCCGAUUUGGAUUACAGAUAACAUUCACACAAACGAAUGUCCCAUUUGUUUAGAAGAUAUUGAACCAAGUCAAGGCAUAAUUUUGAAAGGUUGCUUCCACGUAUUUUGCAGGGAAUGCAUCUCCAAUCACGUUACACACUGUGACACUGCCGAAGUCCAAUGUCCGUUUAGGGAGGACGACUACAUUUGUACUUCCGUGUUAACGCCAAAAGAAGUGGAAACUCUCGUCUCUCGACCAACCUAUGUCAAACAUUAUGAAGAAUAUUCCCUUCUCGAGGCGGAAAAAUGUUCUCCCGAUACUUUCCACUGCCUCACCCCUAAUUGCACAGGCUUUUGUUUCGUUGACCGAGAAGUUGCUGGUGCACUAUUUUUCAGAUGUCCUAAAUGUGGAGAGAGGAGUUGUACUGCGUGUAAAGUAAUUCAUGCCGGAACUUGCGAAGCCUACCGGAGACAAAUUUUAGAGGAGGAGCGACGAAUACGAGAGUUUGCAGAAGAUGAGAGUAAUCGAAUAGUGCAGAGGGCAAAUGAGGAGAGAAGUGAAAUGAUGAUUCGGAGUUACAUCAACCAGCGGACUUUUAUGCAGUGCCCGAGAUGUCACAUCCCCUGCUACAAGUUCACGGGAUGCAACCACGUUGUGUGUGGUAGUUGCAGAUUUAAAUUUGAUUGGAAUGGCAAUCAACCUGGCACGAGCGGGUUCUCCUAAACACAGAUAAUUUUUUUGGCAUUGAUAAUUUUAGCAAUAAUUUAUCUUACCAUAGGGAGGAGUAAUUGCUCAUUUCAUUUGUCAUUUUCAUUUGUCAUUAUAGCAAAUGCUAUAUAUCAUAUUUAAUUUAUGACUACUACAGAUCUAGGUAUGCAGAAUCACAUGGAAUGAGACGGCUGAUCAUAAAGUUUAUCCUAAAAGAGAUAUACAUAAAUAUACCAGUUACAUUAUGAAACUAUGCAAUGUGCGGUAUUCUGUUAUUCGAUGAAAUACAUAUACCACGAAAAGAACCGA